AUGGCCACCGAACGUCAACACUACAACCAAGCGUUGGCCAAUGCCGAACAGCAAAAUGCUGUGCUUCAAAACCAAGUCCAACACCAAAAUGUGGUCGAAGAGGCGUUGACACGAAUCAGUCAGCACAUCUCAACCCCUAACAACCCCUCCGGCCCCAAGCCAAACUUCAAGACGCUCACGCCGGACAAGUUCAACGGCGAUCGACGCAAGACCUCCAACUACCUCGAGCAACUCAAGAAUGUAUUCCUUACCUCGCCCGAGCAGUUCCCGGAUGAUCAGUCCAAGAUCAACUAUGCUGCCAUGUGUCUCACCGACGAGGCACUCAAAUGGUUCUCAGCAUUCCGCAACCUCCCUGAGUCCACCAAGACGUCAGACUAG